AUUUGUUCUCAGGCGAAGACAAUGUGCAACAGCUUUGUGACUCAACGGACGAAGAGUUUCAGACACUUACCGAGCACGUAGGCAUGGCCAGAAAGCCCCUUCACGUGAAAAGAUUGAAGAACGUACUCAAACAGUGGUCAAGAAAUGCAGCCGUAAUGACGUCCAUUCCUUCAAACGAGUCGGAGCGUGAAGUUCACGAACUGCUUCAGCGAGCGGAUCUCCUCGCCUACUACGACAAGUUCAUCGAGAAAGGCGUAGACAAUGUGCAGCAGCUUUUUGACUCGACGGAAGAAGAGUUCCUGGAGUUCAUGGAUCUUGUUGGCAUGGCCGGAUUCCCUUUUCACGUGAUGAGGUUCCAGAACGAACUGGAACAGUGGACAGGACACCCAGUGACAAUGAUGCCCAUUCCGGCAAAGAAACCGAGACUAUCGGAGAUUCACCACCUCCUUGAACCAGCGGGUCUCCUCUCUUACUGCGAAAAAUUUGAGGAAAUAGGCAUGGACAAUGUGCAGCAGCUUCGCGACUUGACUGACGAAGAGUUCCACGAGGUCAUCAACCGGGUAGACAUGGCCAGGAAGCCGUUUCAUGUAAAGAAACUCAAGAAGGUACUCGAAGAAUGGACGGGGCCCACAGGAAUUUCUCGCUUCAUCUCCAAGGACAUGGCUUCGACACCUGAAUUUGAUCUCGACUUGGAAAGGUCGCCACAGUGGGAAGACGUCAGGAAGGAAAUACACGAAGCCAUUGCGGAGGAAGACGAGGCUUGUGUUCUAAAGUGCCUGGAUGCUGCACCUGCUUUGAAACUUUGGCUGGAUCCUGUUAAAAAAAAGUCAGCUCGUUACAGAGCUGUUAAAAUGAAAGCCGUCCGUAUACAUGGCCUCUUAGUCUCGCGUGGAUGUGGACUCAAGAACGACAAAGAAGCAUCGUAUUAUCGAUAUCUGACAGGCGUUCAUCGAGCUGAAAUUCGACGGCAACGAUACUACACCAAAGAAUGCAAAGAAUCCUACAUCUAUUACUUGAAAAGCAAAUCAAGGAGCCACGUCAGAUGUGAUGACCUCGAGGGGCGAUUGGAGAAGAUGUUCAGGGAACUCUCAACCGACCAGUUAAACGAGGAAAUAUUGAAAGUUGUUGCCACAGCACCGCAUCUGGAUAUACUAUUCGACUACAACAGUGAAAACGUUCAGGGGAUCACGGGGUGCAGUGACAGCGGCGUCCUCGGACUUGCUGAUUACGAAAAGCAAAGAAUUUCUAUCGGAGGCGGAGCAACGGAAGCCGAAGUCCGGGGCACGUUUAUUCACGAAUCCUGUCAUUUGGCACUUCAUCUGGUGUAUAGAAAUGAUGGCAAGCCAUAUUCCCGCGAAGAUACAGAAAAGGAACAGAGAUACAGAGCCAUUCUGGAUGACAUAAAACGAAGAAAAGACGAUGUGCAUGACUUGAUCCGACUAGGUUUGAUGAAAAAUGAAGAACAAGAAGCGAUUGUUCGUAUCCCACACAUACUAACUCAAUAUGGCAGCGAUCACGGAAAUAGGGUUCUCGAAAAGGAAGUACCGGAACUACGAAAGUUCUUCGAGGAUACUGUCAUCCCGGACAUGCAGAAAUACAUUCAAAAUGGAAUCCCGUCGAUAGAUGCGACAAUGAUAGAAAAGGUAAACGAGAGACUCAACAAAGCUUUCAACAUUGGCAAACUGAAUGUGAAAUUCGAGAACCAACUGAAGAACAGUGUCUGGGAAGACUGGUUGCUUCAUGUAGUUACGGGUCCAGAACUGAGGCUUCUCGAAAUAAUGGUUCACAACGCUGUGCAAUCUACGGGACUUCCGUACAUGUUUUUCGAUGCAAAACAGCUGGACUCCGCACUGAAGGAUGUGUUACUAGACUACAAAUAUGCUUUUGUUCUUGUAACGGUCCAUCCAAAGGAAGACGUCCAAAAGAUGAUUCAGCUUUUCAGUGAAGCAUCCUGUGUCACUGGAUCAAAAGUCAUCUUGCUUGUGGAAGACAGUGGUAAAGACUACUUGGUGAAACAAGUGCAAGAAGAUGCAUUCUUUGGAGAGAGGCACAAAGUUCACAGGAUCGACGAAGCAAGUUUUGAGCACGUUACGUAUAGCUGCAAAAAAGAAUUUUUCGAAAAUUCCCGCGUAAAACUUCAGGACCAAGACCUUUCUAAGCUUUCGGACGCAACGACUAUAGAUACCUUCUUACGUUGCGUAGACACUGCGGUUUUUUUAAAGCUAUGCGAAUCGAAGAGCAUUGACCUGGGACCUCCUCUUCAUGAACUAGAAGAAUGUGUUCAGAACUAUUAUGUGGAACGAGAAUGUAGAAGAGCCGUGGAAAUUCACUUGAAAAAAUGCAAUCUAAAAGACAACAGUGAGGCAUUCGCACUCCUGGGCUGUACACACAAUCACGCCGCAACACUUCUACCUCACGGUUGUGUGGCAAAGGCCAAGGAGGAAUUAACGAAGUUCGAGAAAUUUGUACUCCUCCAAGAGCCACGUGACUACGAAGAUCUCCUGGAAGAUGGUAAUUUCCGAAAGAAAGUAGUGCACCUGCUAAAGUUCGACGAACCUCGUAAGAGACUCUUGUGGACCAAAUCAAAUGGUCCUCUCAGUCACCUUCCAAUGACGGGAAGUGAGAGUUACACUGAGGACGCGUUGUUGAACGUAGGCGAGAAGGUGGUCAUAGUGUCUGGUGCACCAGGUAUGGGAAAGAGUGUGUUGGCAUCUCGGUUGUGCAGAGAAUUAAAAACUGAAGAAAAGAAGAGGUGGGUGCUCUACGUCGACCUUCCUCAGAGAAUGGCAUUAGUGAAAACUUCAUCGCCUAGUCUGGGAUAUCUCGCGGAUCUGUGCGAAGUACAAAAAGAUGGGUUGGAGUUUGUCUUGUUCGAGGAAACCUUGAACAAUGGAAGCCCUUUCGAAGUUGCUCUCAUCUUAGAUGCGUUCGACGAAAUCAACAAGAAAUGUCGCAAGUGCGUGCUGGAUCUUAUACUGUUUGUGGCUAAGACCAAAGUGUACAAGAUAUACGUUUUUACUCGCACUGUGUUUCAACGUCAAGCACAAGAUAACUUGCACACUGUGCGAUAUGAACUUGAUCCUUUUUCUGAUAACAACCAGGAUGACUUCCUCGCAAAAUAUAGGGGCGAGAGAGAAACUUCAGGCACCAGGAAUGAUGAAUUUUUGCGUAUGUUUCAACAAAUGUAUAACUCUUUGCAGAAGAAAAACAAACCAAUCCUAGGAAACCCUCUCCUACUUCGUAUGAUGGCUGAGAUGAGGAAUGGAGAAUUUGCAGAGUCUGACGAUUGCUCUUCGCUUCUUAAUACUGCUGGCAUUUCUGGUGACAGGAGUAUAUACGUUAUACACGUGUACAAGAUGUUUGUCGAGUACAAGCACCUUGUACACAGAAAAGAAAAAAUGAAGGAAAACAUCUCCCUAAGUGCUGUGCGAGGGGAGAACCAUGACGCGAAGUCUUCAUUCUACGCAAACCAUUGUCUCCUCGCUAUGAAGUGUAUAUUUCCUCAGUAUAUAUUGAAGGACUUAUUGAAUGAAGAGGAAUUAAGGAAGGUAGAUCCUGAUGGAAGAUUGAUCAAGGGCGCUGGUGACAGUUGUCUGAAAGAAGGUUUUGUGAAUGGAAUUAACGACGCAGGAAUUCCUGAGUUCGCUCACAAGACUUUCGCCGAAUUUUUCGUAGCUCACUAUCUCCUGGAGAAGGCAAAGAUAACAAAAUCGAGCUACUGGAACAAAGUCCUAGAAUUGUAUCGUAAAGAAGACUACGAGGAUGUAAUGCAGUUGUUCGAUGGACUGGCGUCGGCGUCCUGUCCACUUCACUCUGCUGUAAUAAACAACGACGCUUCAUAUUUUGAGCAACCCGGUGUCAAAAGCGAGGACAUGUCGAAGGUGGAUAAGCUCGAAAGGACGCCAUUGCACGUAGCAGCCCUGCAUGCUGAUAAAGCAACAUUGAAGAGGCUUACAAUGGAUGAUAAACUAGUCAAGAAUGAUUUGUUUCAACUGUUACCGUUUGGGUACGCGGAGCUGAGUUGUCCAUGGGACGAGAAAUGCAAUGGAGUGUGGAGGGACUGUUUGCGGACUGGGACUUCAGCUGUGAGAGAGAGACUCAACAUAUUGUACACUCGAUACAGUGAGCAAGCAGUGAAACAUUCUACCGAAAAUCUGCGCACAUGUGAAACCUUCGAGCAAAAAAGACUUUUUCUUGAGCGAGUUAUAUUCACGGCUGUGAUACACGACCUACGAGGCGUUUUGGACGUGUAUCUGAGCUAUGUGUCCCCGAGAGAGAGUACAGUAGAUCUAGACAGAGACAUCAUGGACCAAAUAGAAUCACGCAAGGAACGAAGCUUGAGAUGUUCUGCAGAGCCUUCAGUAAUUGGAAACCUUGAUGACUUUGCAGACCAUGGCUUUAAAACUGCCCCUUUUUACGCAAAGUCGGAGGUUGUUUGCAAAAUGCUCCUUCCUUACUGCGAUAUGGGAAUUCGUGACGAGUUUGGAGACACAAUGUUGCACAUUAGCACGAAUGAGGGAAAUCUGGAGACAACACAGUUUUACCUCGCACGUAUAUCCAUUAACGAAACAAAUAGACUCUUUCAAACUCCUUUGCACUUGGCUGGAGAUGCAGAGAUUGUGAAGCUACUUCUUCCUCUUUAUCCCUCAGUGAAUGCUCUCGAUUGUAACCAACAAACUUCUAUGGAUAGGUGUGCAGAGAGAGAUGAUUUGGAGGCCAUGAAGUUGUUACUCCUUCGCACUCGGACAUAUGACGAACAUCACAUCAGGCUGAACACAACGCUUCAUGAGGCUUCGAGCUCUGAUUCCCUUAAAGCUGUGACGUUUCUUGUACCUCACACAAAUGCGCACGUGCUUAACUGCAAAGGAAAAACGUGCUUAGACGUUGCUAGGACAAGUUCGAAAUAUCUGUCGAGUUCGGAGCCCAACGUUGUCAGGUGUCUCGUCCCACACUCGCUCGUGAACUCACCUGAAACGUUCGGCUCAUCACCGUUGUACGUCUGGGCGAGACGUGGUGGAAGGGAAAGGAUGCAAACUCUAUGGCCUUAUUUGCGACACAGUGACCCUAGGCAUGCACAGAGGAUCAGCAGAAGCUAUGCGUUUGUGCGGAUGGACAGGGAUUUCCAACAAGAAAUUUGGUGUCUGAAACUUCUCUUCCUCCAUUUAGAUGACAUCGCUGAUGAUCGUUAUAGCCGUAAACUGCUACAUGAUGUGGCCAAGGACAAGCUACGUGAGAUAAAAGAAGAAAAUCUCAUUAAUUACAUGAAGCUGUUACUGCCGCAUUUAAAUCUCAGUGAGCAGGAUUAUGUAGAACGUGGAGUAAAAAAUGAGGACAUUGUUACCUUAUAUCGGGGAUGGUCGCACAUGAAUAACACCGAUGAUCUCCACAUUGACGAUGUCAACGCGGAAAUGAUCGACGACGAUGGCAAUAUCAAGUUGCUAAUAGAAGCAGAGGAAGGAAAUGUGGAAGCUGUUAAGAUCCACCUCUCCCAUUCAUCCGUAUGCUUUACAGAUGAAGAAGAGAACACUGCAUUGCACUUGAGCGCGUGGAAGGGACACGCGAAUGUGGUGAAGCUUCUCAUUCCUCUUUAUACAUCAGUGGAAGUGAUCAAUGUGUAUCGAGAAACGCCCAUGCAUGUGUGCGCCUCAAAUGGACACCUGGCUGUUGUGAAGUUAAUAUUACUCCGCUCUAGAAUGAGUUCCCGUGACGAGGAUCGAUCGACACCUCUUCACUUGGCCUGUGUAAAUGAUGAAGUUGAUAUCGUGAACUUCCUUCUUCCACACUCAUUCCCUAAUAUGCGCGACGAGGGUGGAUACACGUGCUGCGCUGUUUCCGCUGAAGGAAGGAACAUGAAUGUUCUGAGAUGCCUCAUCCCUCACUCUCUUAUGAACUGUCCUGAUGAAGAAGGCGAUUCACCAACGCGAAUCUGUGCAAGUUGUUAUAUGAGAGAACAGCUGGUGACAUUAUUGCCAUAUUAUUGUGAUUAUGACGCAGCGAGUUUAUUGACUAAUCUCGAGCUGCCAUCUUGUGAGGACGAUAUGAGUAUCGAAGCUAAGCCUUGUUUGAAACUGAUGGUACUACACUCAGAUGUCAAGGCAGUAGAUAAGUGUUUCUGUGCAACACUCAGCCGCAUUCGAGAGUAUUAUGUAGAGAGUGAUUCAUUCUGGCGUCCAACAGAGACUGAGAUAUCACUACUCCUGAAUUAUAUUUCUCUCUUGCUUCCACAUACAAAUGUUUCUGCUAAGGACGAUGAAGACAAGAAACUAUUACAAGAAGCCCUUCGAAGUAGCCAAGAUCCCGAAUUGGGUAGCUUCCUUCAGAAAUGGACUCGCUUGAGGGACUUUCAUUCAUGAUGCUGACGAUUGUUGGCAACGGUUGUGGUUAAGCACCAAGUGGCACUGAGCUGUCAAUGGACACGAGCUCUGAAGAUGAUAUAGCAGUUUUAAUAGAGGUAUCAACAGCAGUAUACUGAGUCCUUGCCUUCACCCGAGAAAGCACAAAUAUUCAUCCAGUGUCAAAAAUGAAAGAAAAAGAAUCACUCCUGUGAUUUUUUGUGAUUCUGAUUAUGACUAAUGCAUUUUGUUUCUUCUUGUUCCUUAUGUUACAAAGUACCGUUUCGUAGUAGGUUCAUAAGGUGAUUUGAAAAUGUGUAAAAAAUGUGUCUAUUCCUAAUGUGCUAGUUAUAUGGUUAGCUAUGAUAUGCCACAGUAUUAGAAUACGGCUGCGUGCGAUUAUGUUUAUAUAGUGAAUCUCACGUAGACUGGAGAUAACUAUAAUACAGCUGUUAUACUUUUUAGAGUGGUAAUGGCUUGUCAGCAAUGUUAGUCGAAAGAUGUGUGAAGUUUAAUCCAUCUAGCAGGGUGAUACGCUUCAACACUGGAGAUAUAUGGGUCCUAAGUUUACCGCCCUUGGUGUCAAAUGUAUAUACCCAAAUGUAAAUGAAAUGAAGUGUUUUUCGCACAUUGGAGAAGGCUUAAUUCAAAUUAUUUUGGAACUCUCGCUCACUUCGCUGCAGAGUUGUGUAAAGUAAAUAUUGUCGAUCAAAACACAUGUGUGAUACAGUCGUACUUUUAUUACGACCGAAUAAAUGUGUGGGUUCCAAAUUGGA